AUGAAUGAGACGAGAGUGGUAAAUCUACUGCAAAAUGUAUUCAACCACGAAGACUUUAAAUCCGAUCUUCAACGAAAAGCUGUGGAAACCGCUGUCAAAGGGAAGCAAGAUAUUUUUAUUUCCAUGCCGACAGGUGCUGGAAAGUCACUUUGCUACCAACUACCAGCUGUGUAUAAAACUGGAGUUACAGUGAUUGUCUCCCCUUUGCUGGCACUCAUUCAAGACCAGAUGGAUCACAUGCGAGACCUUGGUAUCCGUGUGGCCACCAUCAAUUCAAAGCAGACAAUGACCGAGAAGAACCGGGUCACAACUGAUUUAAAUCGCAAAUGUCCCAAGACAAAGCUUCUCUACAUCACACCUGAGCAAGCAGCUACAUCUUUUUUGCAACAGCAUCUCCACAGUUUAAAUCAUGCAAGCCUCCUUAAUUACUUUGUUAUUGAUGAAGCCCACUGUGUAUCACAGUGGGGCCAUGAUUUCCGGCCUGACUACCUGAAACUUGGACACCUUCGUGCAGAAAAGAUCCCCAAUGUCCCUUGCAUUGCGGUGACAGCUACAGCUACAGCCCAAGUUAUUAAAGACAUUGUGAAGAGCCUUGGGCUUAGAAAGCCAUUUGCAUCAUUUAAAACUAGCUGCUUUCGGCCUAACCUCUUUUAUGAGGUGCGUAUGAAAGAAACUCUGGAUGAUCCUUUUAAAGACCUUUUGGAAUACUUAAUUGAUCACCUUGGUUUACCGCCGGAAAACCACGACUGGACCGAAAUUGGUUGUGGAAUUAUUUACUGUCGUACAAGGGACACCUGUGAGGAAGUAGCUGUUCGUUUGCAACAGCAAGGCUUCCCUGCAAAGGCUUACCAUGCUGGAUUAAAAGUUCUUUUCUUUUUACUUUUCUUUUUUCAUUUUUUCUCUUCUCUUUUCCUUUUCUUUUGUCUUUUUCUUGUCUUUCUUUUUUCCUUUUUCUUUCUUUUUUCCUUUUUCUUUCUUUUUUCCUCUUUCUCCUCUUCAUUCUUUCUCCUCUUCAUUCUUUCUCCUCUUCAUUCUUUCUCCUCUUCAUUCUUUCUCCUCUUCAUUCUUUCUCCUCUUCAUUCUUUCUCCCUUCUUUUUCUUUCUCUUUCUCCCUUUUUUUUUUCCUUUUUUUUUCAAUUUAACUAUGUUGACCGUCUCCAGGUGCAAAUUGAUUGGAUGGAAGGACGUAUUCCUUUGAUAGCUGCCACUAUUAGUUUUGGAAUGGGUGUUGACAAGCACAAUGUGCGGCUUGUUGUUCACUGGACUCUCCCAAAGACAAUGUCUGGCUACUACCAAGAAUCUGGUCGAGCUGGACGUGAUGGUAAUCAGUCUUGGUGUUGUUUGUAUUACUCCCGACGUGACAGAGAUGCCAUCUCGUUUCUUCUGAAGCAGGAUGCAACCCGCAACUACAAGAAAUAUAAAAACCAGGAGACAAACUCUGUCAAAUCGGCAGAAAGUAAUUUUGAAAGUAUGGUAAAAUAUUGCGAAAUGCCACGCUGUCGGCACCGUGUAAUUACAGAAUAUUUUGGAGAUGAGAAGCCAAAUUGCCAAAAAAAUUGUGACCAUUGUAAGAAUCCUCGCAAAGUUGAACAACAAGUGAAUGAUCUUCUACGGGGCAGUUAUGGACGCUGGUGCCGUGAACAGUAUGGUAGCACAAGAAUGGUUAAGGAGCCAACAGACCCUGACCUUGAACUUUAUGGUGGGGGACGGCUUGGAAUGAAGAAAGAGAACAUCCAGUAUGAGAAAAAUAUUGAGGGCAGUGAUGACGAUGAUGAUGAUAGCCGAGAAAAGGAGUUGGAAAGUGAGAAGCAUGAACGCAAGAACCUUAUAAUAAACGAAUUAAAAAAACGCAGUACUACAUCAACAGUGUUAGAAACAGAACAAGAGUUCGUAGAGAUUCCUGACGACUGUCCCUUGCGAGACCCCCAGAGAAUGAUUGUCCAAACUCCUAAAUUUUUAAUUCUCUCUCUCUCUCUCUCUCUCUCUCUCUCUCUCUCUUAA